AUGGUUAAGAAGACUGUCUUGAAGGUUGAUAUAUCAUGCCAUAAAUGCAAGAAAAAGCUUCUUAAGGCAAUCUCUGGACUUCAAGGUAUAGAUAAGAUUGAGGUUGAUGCUGCCAAGGGAACAAUAUCAGUAACAGGCGAUGCUGACCAAUAUGAAAUUAUAGUUCGGACGAGAAAAGCAGGAAAAUUUGUUGAACCGGUGAGUGUUGGGCCUCCUCCAGCACCUCCAAAACAGGAGCCCCGAAAGAAGCCUGACGAGAAGAAGAGUGAACCCAAGAAAGAUGAUAAGAAGGCCGACCCCAAGUCUGAUAUCCACAAUCCUGAAACCUGUCCUGCUUGUCAACAAAUGUCCUUCUACAUGGACCGCUGUGUGGAACCCAAUACAGCAUGCUCUAUCAUGUAA